AUGGCAACACACGACCUCGUGCAGCUCAUCGCACUCCGUCCAUCCGACGACAUGGUCACGAUCGAGAUCGGUCCCAAGCCCAAGACCUUUCAAGUCAGCAGAGCGCUGCUCGCCCAGCAUUCGCUCUUCCGCAACUUCCAGACCCACUCCACCAGCGGCUCAGAGCACAAAUUCGUCUUCAAAGACCUCUCACCGCGUGCCUUCAACAUCUUCCUCGGCUGGCUUCACACCGGCUCGCUGCCCGAGACCAUGGAGGACUGGCUGGAGCAUCUCCCCAACAUAUCGCUAUUGGAGCUCGACCUCAAGGUGAACCUGCUGCGCCUCAAGACCUGGGUCGUCGCCGAGCGUCUCGGCGCCGAAGAGUUCCUCAUGAUCAUCAACAACCAGUACGUUGAGAACAACUUCACCGCGCCGUGGUUGGCCGAGGUCAUCUUCGCCUUCGCACACAUCCCGCACGACCGCCGCAUUCUCAACUUGCUCGUCGAUUGCCACUGCAACGGUUCGAUCAGCCGCAAGGAGCUCGCCUUCGACGAGGGCCCGGAGCUUCAGCACCAGCUGCCGAUUGAGUUCUUCUUGCGCGUUAUGGAUCGGUAUGCGUAUUUGCGGCAGUAUGACGAUGGCAUGGAGGAGCCGCUGUUCAUCAAAGGAUGA